GUAGCGGGGGAGGCGAUGGGGGGCCGGGGGGCUUGGUGGGGGCUGUGGGCAGCGCUGGGCUGCGGCUUGUGGCUGCUGGCUGGGGGGCAGGAUGCCGCCGGGAGGGCCGGGGAGCCCUGGAGGCAGCUGAUCCGCUGGGAGAACAACGGGCGGGUGUACAGCCUGCUCAACACCGGCGCCGAGUACGUGCCUCCGGGGGGGCGAGAGGCCCGGGGGGCCCGGCUGCUGCUGGCCGACGAGGCUCCCGGGCGCGGAGGCCGGAGGCAGGCGCCUCCGCCGCCUCGCCUGGGCUCCGAGACGGUGCGGGGCCACACUCGGCACCCCUUCGGCUUCGGGCAGGUGCCCGACAACUGGAGGGACGGGCCGGUGGGCGACGGCGCGGGCUCACCGCGCUUGAGGCCGGCCGGCCGCCAACGCCAGCCUUCCUCGUCCUCCUCGUCCUCCUCGUCCUCCUCCUCGUCGUUCGCCUACGCGGCCUUUGGGCAGCCGCUGUACCCCCAGCCGCCCUUCCCGCAGCCCCCCUUCGAGCCCUAUGAGGCGGCCCCGCGGGCAUCCUAUGACGAGGCGUACGCCUACUACCGCGCCGCGGGCGCUGGCGGGGCAGCCGUGGCCUCGGCGGCAGCGGGGGCCAGCGUGGUGUACCCCUUCCAGCCUCGAGUGCGCUACGAGGACUACGGGGAGGAGCAGAGCCCCUACAGAGCUCAGGGCUACUACCCCGAGCGGCCCUAUGCCCCUCAACCGGCCGACGGCUUGGACCGGAGGUACUCCCAUAGCUUGUACCACGACGCCGGGACUGGCACGGAGCAGGGCGGCACGGACUCCUUCGGCCUCGACCAACGCGGCGUGGCCUCCACGGAUAACCUCCAAGUGCCCGUCGGCUCACCGCAGGCGGGCGGGAUGGCGUAUGGGAGCCAGUACCAGCCCCACGAGCCGCAGCCGCCUUUCGGGGUGGUGAUGGAGCCCUACGGGGCCCCCCGCCCUGAGCCCUACGUGCCCCCUCGCCCCGAGCCCUACGUGCCUGCCCGCAGCCCUGAGGUGCCGCAAGCCGUCCCCGACAGCCAGGCGCGGCUCAGCGUGGGGAGCGUCUACAGGCCCAGCCAAGGAGGACGGGGUCUCCCCGACUUGGUGCCUGACCCCAACUACGUGCAGGCGUCCACCUACGUGCAGCGGGCGCACCUGUACUCGCUGCGCUGCGCUGCCGAGGAGAAGUGCCUGGCCAGCACCGCCUACACGGCUGAGGCCACCGACUACGAUGUGCGGGUGCUCCUGCGGUUCCCGCAGCGGGUGAAGAACCAAGGCACGGCCGACUUCCUACCCAGCCGCCCCCGGCACAGCUGGGAGUGGCACAGCUGCCACCAGCACUACCACAGCAUGGACGAGUUCAGCCACUACGACCUACUGGAUGCCACCACGGGCAGGAAGGUGGCUGAGGGCCACAAGGCCAGCUUCUGCCUGGAGGACACCACCUGUGACUUCGGGAACCUGAAGCGCUACGCCUGCACCUCCCACACCCAGGGCUUGAGCCCAGGGUGCUACGACACCUACAACGCCGACAUUGACUGCCAGUGGAUCGAUAUCACGGAUGUGCAGCCAGGGAAUUACGUCCUAAAGGUCCAAGUGAACCCCAAAUACAUCGUCCUGGAGUCAGACUUCACCAACAACGUGGUGCGCUGCAACAUCCACUACACUGGCCGCUACGUUGCCACGACAAACUGCAAGAUCUCCCAAUCUUGAGCCGAGGGGGCUUGAAGGAUGGCACCUGCCCCAGGCCUACCACUGGCCGCUCCUCGAGCCUAAAACCACCCCGAAAAACCCACCCCGACCACUCCACGUGACACGAGGGAAGCGAGAGAGACUCUCUGAAAUAUUUUGAUACUUAACUUCUCUUUAACCUGCGUCGUUUUUCCAUUUCCUGAUGGAAGCUGAUGACAAGUUUUAGCUGGAAUAAAGGGAGGGAUGCUACUGGGCUGGUAGAUCUCACAUUUAGCAACAGCGAGCUGGCUCAUUGAACCCUUUCUGCCUUUUUUUUGGGGGGUCUCCAGCAACACCACGCUCCCCACAGGAUGAAAGCAGCAAAGAUUUGGAGGUGCUUCCCCUGAAACUCGGGCUGCCCACACAGCCCUCGGGACGACGGGACGUCUGGUUUAUUAUUAUUAUUUUCACCAGCUGUAAAAAAAAAAAAGCAAAAAAAAACACACCAAAAAAAAAGACUGAACCCAUUAAAAACCCAUUGCUUUGGGCUUUUUUUUUU